AUGAAUCCAACAUCCAAUGUAUUAUUAGCACCAAGAACAAACCCAACGUCCAAUAUAUUAGUGAGUACCAAGAAUGAAUCCAACGUCCAAUAUAUUAGUGGGCAACAAGAAUUCAAUGUCCAAUGUAUUAUGGACACCAAGAAUGAAUCCAACGUCCAAUAUAUUAAUGGAAACCAAGAAUUAAUCCAACGUCCAAU